GGUGGUGCUUCCGCGAGGGGAGAUGGCCGCGCUGGCCCCGCUGCCGCCGCUGCCCGCGCAGUUUAAGAGCAUACAGCAUCACUUGCGAACGGCGCAGGAGCACGACAAGCGGGACCCCGUGGUGGCCUACUACUACUGUGGACUCGGGGAGGCUUGCUUUUCUUCAUUCAGUUACUGUGCCACCAGAGAUAAUUUGAUACCAAAAGAGCAUUUACUGGAUUGACUUGAAUAUUAAGGUCGUUUAUAUGCUAUGCAAACUGGAAUGAAGAUUGAUAGUAAAACUCCCGAGUGUCGUAAAUUUUUAUCAAAGCUAAUGGACCAGUUAGAAGCGCUUAAGAAACAGUUGGGGGAUAAUGAAGCUGUUACUCAAGAAAUAGUUGGUUGUGCCCAUUUGGAAAAUUAUGCUUUGAAAAUGUUCUUGUAUGCAGACAAUGAAGAUCGAGCUGGACGAUUUCACAAAAACAUGAUCAAGUCCUUCUACACUGCAAGCCUCUUAAUAGAUGUCAUAACAGUGUUUGGUGAGCUGACAGAUGAAAAUGUGAAACACAGAAAGUAUGCAAGGUGGAAGGCGACGUAUAUCCAUAACUGCUUAAAGAAUGGGGAGACUCCUCAAGCAGGCCCUGUUGGAAUAGACGAAGAUAACGAUGUUGAAGAAAAUGAAGAUGUUGGUGCCACCUCUCUGCCCACUCAGCCACCUCAGCCAUCAUCAUCUUCAACAUAUGACCCAAGCAACUUGGCACCAGGCAGCUACAGUGGGAUACAGAUUCCUCCAGGUGCACAUGCUCCAGCUAAUACGCCCGCAGAAGUGCCACACAGCACAGGUGUAACGAGUAAUACAGUGCAACCUAGUCCACAGACUGUUCCAGCCAUCGAUCCUGACCUGUAUGCAGCUUCCCAAGGGGAUGUCCGCCUGACCCCAGAGGAUUUCGCUAGAGCUCAGAAGUACUGCAAAUACGCUGGCAGUGCCCUGCAGUAUGAAGAUGUGGGCACUGCGGUGCAGAACCUCCAGAAGGCUCUCAGGCUGCUGACCACGGGCAGGGAGUAAAGCCUCUGCGUGUGCAAGCAUGUGCUGUCAACAUCUAGAACUAACAGUCCAUCGCACUUUCCUCAGCCUUCCAGGAGCAUGGAUUGACAGAAGACUGCAGUUCCACUGAGUAAGACAAUGAAUGACUCCUCUGUGCUUCCGAUUCCUAGGGAAGCAUUCUUCAGCUGCCUCAGCCAGUUGUCAUUGUCCACUUAGUGGGUCCAGUAAUCUCCGAGUAUAUAAGAGCUGAUGUUAGCAUUGAACCCUGCUUCAAAAAAUGAAAAUGUCCCUGUAGAAAAUCAUGUCGGGUAUAAGCUUUCUUAAUUUAUAUACACUAAAGGAAGUUUUUGAAAAAUCUGUAAUAUUUGGACAAACCAUAUUAUGUUGCUAUAAUAUUCUAAAUUAAACUUUUAAUAAAGAUUGCCAGAAUAUUCUGGAUUGGA